AUGGAUUCCCAGAGAACAACUGUAACACGCCUUAAUAGUUCAUUAACAUUAACAAAAAAACCUCUGUUUGAAGAUAAGCGAUCAUAUUAUGAUAUGCCACCCAGGGUAGGCAGAUAUUCGUCAUUAGCUCUAGGAAGUGAGUCUGGGGUAUCCAUAAUAAAUAGACCCAAAGGAUCGGUACAGAAAGAAAUUGUCACAUAUAUGUUUGCAUCUAUGUUAAACAAUAUCGUUGAAUCUUGGGAGAUUAUAGGUCAAGGAAAGACAGAAGAGAAUUAUCUAAACAAAGAAUUCGGAAAGAUAUCCGAAAGUUUUAUAUUUCCGUCCAAGAAGAAAAAACCUGUGGAAAAGAGCUCAAAGUUAAAGAGAUCGAAAUCCGAAUUAUUUAACGGAACACAGGAUGAGUUGAUGUCUGCGCAUUGGUGGUCUUCACCUGAUGAACGAGCAAUAAUCCGAUUUCGAAACGGAAAUACAUAUGAGGGAAAUAUCUCAAUGAAAUGCAUGAAUGGUGAAGGCUGCUUUAGAUGGGCUGACGGAACCGAGUAUUUGGGACACUUUAAAGACAACGAAAUAAAUGGAAGGGGGUUAAUUAAAUGGAAAGAUGAUACUUGGUAUGAGGGCGAUUUUGUUGGAAACCUGCGUCAAGGAAACGGCUUGUAUGUUGACUCUCGCAUGCAACGUUCCUACAUUGGACAGUGGUACAACGGGACGAAACAUGGACAAGGAGUUAUAUACUACUCUGAUUCAUUCAAAAACUCGUACGAUGGCCAAUGGCUUCAUAAUGUACGACAUGGAUUUGGAUCAAGAGAAUACUGUCCUCUUAGUGGAUAUGAAGGAGAGUGGGAUCUAUACGUUAGAGAAGGAAAAGGCUUAAUGAUAUGGCCGAAUCAUGAUUUUUACAGAGGAGAGUGGAAAAAUGGGGUUAUGUCCGGUUAUGGAACGUAUAUUUGGGAUGCUUACUAUAAUGAUUCCUUAUCACAACCAUCAAUGAUUCUAUAUCGUGGUCAGUGGAUGAAAGGACAGCGUCACGGAUGUGGCAUGUUGAAUUUGGGUAUUGGAGCGCAUUAUACCGGAGAGUUUAUCUGUAAUCAGAAAAAUGGUAAAGGGAUGUUAGUUUCCAAUAAUGGUUUUAUUCUACGAAGCAAACAAUUGUUUCAAGAUGAUAACCUUGACGCGUCUGUACCGGAAGAUAAUGACAACUUGAAACGUGAACACGUUCAAGAACCAUAUAAAUUUGACAUAAGUAGUAACUCCGUGGACCUUUAUUAUCAUAUUCAACAGGCUAUUAAAAAUAUAGAGAAACAACAAGGAAACCGUUUGUUGGUAGUUAAUAAAUUCAUAGAGAAUAAUAAAACUUACACAAAAAGUUUUGUACCAGAUGAUAAAGAGAUAUCAAUCGAUCAUAUUUCCAAUGAUCUGAUUUCUUUUGAGAUAAGUUCAUUACGAAAGUCAUUGCAAUAUUAUGAAAGUGAUUUAAAAAGAAUUUACUACAAAUAUUGUACAAUAUGCAACACGAAUAUAAUAACGUUUACUCCGGUAUUGAUUCGCCUUUACUUAUGGCAAAUAUAUUAUGAUUGCGGCAUUCAUGAAAAAGGAGUUACGUUAGUGGAAAUCGAUAAUAUAUUCUGCCAAAACCCAAAGUGGCUAGCUCAUUCUCCACACGAUCCAUUCGAGCCAAUAUUCUUUUGGCAAUUUCUUCACAGUUUUUUAUCUGUUGCUAGUAAAUUAUACGCUAAAAAAGAAUUACCGGGCGCAAAACCCGACACAAUAUUGGCAAACGCAUUCAGAACAUUUAUGGAAAAAGAUAUAUUGCCUGGAGUAAGGCAACAAAAAGGGCUACUUGUCAACGGUUACGGCGAAUUUAUUCCUUUAAAGAGUCUUUACAAUUUAUAUCUAAGUUUGGGAGAACCGCACACUUUAUUAACUUUCCUGCGUGCAGUACGUCUAUCACCUCACGACGAAGAAUAUCCUCAACCACCUCUCGAGGAAACAUCUGAAACAACAGAUUUUCCUCUUGGACGCAAUGUUAAUAUUUUCGGAGACGAAAUAAUGUAUGUUUUAAAUUCUUACGACAUAAAUGCAAAACGGAAAAGUAGCGUUGAGAAAUAUAAAAAACUAAAGUUAUUCAGUUUUGCGAAUCUUUCCAGCAAGUCCAUUAUCACAAUAUUUUCAUCAAUAUUCCCCCAAGUCAUCGGGGGCAACAAUAUUUUGGAUCUAGACAUUGAAAUUACAUUCCUCGAAUUUUUUGAAAUAUUUGUUGCAUGCGCUAUUAAAAGUGUUUGUGAAGACGAAAAUUCUCAAUUGCGGGAGGAGUUUUCAUUGCAAGAUUUUGGUAUGAAGGCACCUCCGCAAAGUCCAAACUUUUAUUAA